UGCCAUGGCGGCGGCGCCGCGGGGGGCCGGGCGGCUCCUGGCCGAGCGGGGCUGGUACCUGUCCGCCCGCCAGCAGCGAGGGGAGGCGGACGAGGACGGGGAGUCCGCCCCGUUGCUGGCGGUGCCGCCGGGCAGCGUGCGUAAUCCUCCAAAUCAUGGCUCUUCCUUUGGUUUCUCAGUAUUUAAUUUAAUGAACGCGAUCAUGGGAAGUGGGAUACUUGGCUUAUCCUAUGCUAUGGCCAACACAGGGAUCAUGGGGUUUAGUCUCUUGCUGCUGAUUGUUGCUAGCCUUGCUUCUUACUCGGUAUUUCUUCUGCUCAGUAUGUGCACUCAGACUGCUGUCACUUCUUACGAAGACCUUGGCCUGUUCGCAUUUGGAUCAACUGGAAAGGUCCUUGUUGCAACUACAAUCAUUAUCCAGAAUAUUGGAGCUAUGUCAUCUUAUCUUUUAAUUGUUAAGUCUGAACUUCCUGGUGCCGUUGCAGGAUUUUUAAGUGGAAACGAGAGUGGGUCUUGGUAUCUUGAUGGGAGACUGCUGCUACUGAUUACUUCAGUCUGCAUUGUUUUUCCUCUUGCACUUCUUCCUAAAAUUGGCUUUCUUGGCUACACAAGUAGUUUAUCAUUUUUCUUUAUGGUGUACUUUGCUCUUGUGAUCAUGAUAAAAAAAUGGUCGAUCCCUUGUCCUCUACCUCUAAGUAGUGCCAUAGAGUCUUUACAGGUUUCAAAUUCUACUGAGGAUUGUAAAGCAAAGCUCUUUCAUCUUUCAAAAGAGAGUGCUUAUGCAAUACCAACUAUGGCCUUCUCUUUUCUCUGCCAUACCUCAGUUUUACCCAUCUACUGUGAGCUCCGAAGUCCAUCCAAGAGUAGAAUGCAAAAUGUAACUGUCACAGGAAUUGGUCUGAGUUUCCUAAUUUACUUUACGUCUGCCCUGUUUGGGUACCUGACAUUUUAUGACAAAGUGGACUCUGAAUUGCUGCAAGGCUACAGCAGGUACCUGCCACAUGAUACUCUCAUCAUGACUGUUAAAGUAGCCGUAUUGUUUGCUGUGCUUUUGACAGUCCCUCUCAUCCAUUUCCCAGCAAGGAAAGCUGUAUUGAUGGUAUUUUUUUCCCACCUUCCUGUGUCGUGGAUUUGCCAUAUCCUUGUCACUUUAACACUGAAUACAAUUGUUGUUUUGUUUGCGAUGUACGUGCCGGACAUUAAAAACGUUUUUGGAGUAGUUGGUGCGACCACGUCAACAUGUUUGCUUUUCGUAUAUCCGGGACUAUUUUAUCUUAAACUUAGCAGAGAGGACUUUUUAUCACCACAGAAACUUGGGGCAUGCGCAUUGGUUAUUUUUGGCAUUUGUGUUGGCCUUCUCAGUUUAGUUCUAAUAAUUUUCAGUUGGAUUGAUCAAUAACAGCCUAUUGUCACUGUCUGAACUGAGCUUCAGAAGGACAGCAAAAACGAGAGAUGUGUCAAAACUACUGAAAUGAAUGCUGGACAUCCUAAAGAAAACACUGACCCAACCUGUCUGUGGGAGAAAUAACGUUCUUUUUCACUGCAUUAGUGAAAUUCCUUCUUUAAUCUUGAGUCACUCUCUUCAGUUAUUGGACAAUUAGUCUUUUCCAUUCUAAAGUACUAGUUUUUAAUGACGUAUUCAUGACAGGUAAAAGGACUCUUGAUAAUUUCUGCAGUGCAAAAAUGGUUUAGUGCACAUGGUGAACAGAAGCAGAACCUUGAAGUAACUUCUCUUUUAAAGACAAUGAGAUGGAUAAAUACACAUCAGUCAUGAUGGACAUACUCUGAUGUGUACACUUAGGAUAAUGCACACAUUAUCCUAAACCGUGAAAGACAUCCAUUGCUGAAUAAUUUCCAAAAUUUCAGCUGGUUCAUAUUAAGAACUUCUGAUUCCAAAUGUUUACCCUAAUUUAUCCUAACAUGGAUCCAGAAGCCAGCUGCCUUAGCCCAGUUUAAUGGGCACAUCAUGAUAAUACUUGUUAAUUGUUUUUUUAAAUACAGUUUUUAUACCUCAGUGAACUUGAAUCAUACUGAAGUCAUUUUUAAAUUAGAAGGUUUUACCCAUCUAGCAUAAUAGCUUUCAGUAGCAUUAGGAAAUAUUUUCAGUUUGCAGUCAAUAACAGAAAUUUUUCAAUUAAUAUCUGCUUUUGAAUAUCACCCAAUGUACCUCAGUAUUCCUCCCAGUGAAAGACUUCUUUUUCUCUCUUAUUCCCAUUUUUACAUUUUUUUCAUAUUUGAAAUAGAGUGUUUCUACAUUUUAUGUACUGUUGUGUGUCAGAGAAUGUUUGGGAUUGAAAGGUGAAAUUCUGCCUCUGUUGAAGACAAAGGAAAUUUUACAUUUAUGGAACCCUAAUUUUGCCUUGGAUUUUUAUAAACCUCCAUGUAUCCUUUUAUAAUUCCUUUUUUUUUUUUUUCCUAAAUGAAAUGCAAAUGCAGUUUUCAUCACCAGCUGGGGUCUGUUAAAUAUGGUAUUCAGUACCCACCACAAAAGUUCCUUGUGUUAGUAGAAUGAAAGCAGUGGUUGAUACUGUGGUAAGGUUUUAAAAAUUUGUUUCUAUCAGAUUGGAUCUUAUGUCUUUAAAAUAGCCUAAUAUCUUCAGAGGCUUUAUGCCCUAAGGUAGCUAAGCCUCCACAGAAAUUACUUGUGUAAAGUUAAGAAAUAAGACCCUAGCCUCAGAGAAUGGGAAAGUUCUUCAUUAUUUCCAGAUACAAUAUUUCUUUUAAUUUAGCUUAGCACUUUCACGUCUGAGAAGUGGAAUAAGACACAAGAGAAUCAUAGCAAAGUAAUAGAUUUAUGUAUUCUGAAAGAAGCUAAUAAGUGACAUUUAAAUAAAUUGUUCAGUCCAUAAGGUGCAAAGUUAGCAGAUUAGUUGACUGUUGCUAGAAAGUCCUGCUGAGACAGGCGUGUCCAUAUGUUGACCUGUGUUUUAUCAGUUGAGACAGGGGAGGUGCCCCAGAGCUUGGCAUUUCUAAGGUCUUAGCAGUGGGUCUGUGUUAUUAACCUUUUUAAUUGUGUCACAUUGGAUUUGGAGAACACUGAUUGAUGUGCCAACUUUUAACAUAACCCAGAUUGAAUGUGCUUGAUCCUCACCUGUCUAACAGGGGAGAACAGCAAAUAGCAGAGUUGGAAUCACUUUCUUUAUUCCUCAGUUGUCAACCCUAGUAUUUUCAUGCCACUUGGCUUUCUCAGGAUCCAUAAGAUACUUUUCAUUUUCGAUACAUGGCCUGAAGGCACCCAGGUGAUGCAGCUUGGUACUGCUUGAGGAAUCCUUUUUGCCUGGGGAAUAUUAUUGUACUUACGAGUUUAGUAUAGAAAUAGACAUGUGUGGUGAGGUUUGGUUUUGGUGGGAUCCCUGGAAAAGACUGCAGUUAUUUUUAUAAUAAAGCUUCUAGCAGAGGUUUCAUGACACAAGGUGAGCCUUCUAAUAGCUUGUCAGUACCAGAAACAGCAUGUCCACUCUUGGUGAGAAGUUCACAACUACUUCUGUGGCACUGCCAGUGGCUCCUGGUCAGCACGUUUAACUAGCGGAAAACCAGUGUGACCACAAGAUGUGACACGUUAUCUCCCAAAAAAUGAACCGAGUGAGCUCACCUAGGGGACAAGAAAAGUGAGGGGAUGGUAGGAGCAGGACCAGCUUUCUGAGCAGCCUUUAGAUAGAACAUUUUUCUCAUAAAACCCCACGUUUUGCCCAGCAGUUCUGCUUGAGCAGGUUAAAGUUUUUGCGUGUGCACGGAGGGGAUGCCUCUGACUUGAGAGGUCUCUGGCCUCCUUUGAUCAAGGGAUCGAUGGGGUUUUCUCAGCAUUCUCUGAGUAUUAAUGGCUGAGGCUCCCCAUCUUGUCUUUAUUCUUGUAGCUCUCCCAGCUUGUUUAAGUCCUGAUAACCAGAUGUAGCUGCCUUCCUGCCUGUGGCUACCCUCGAAUAGCUGUGUGUCACAGGCUUCGUUAUGCUACAGGGAUUGAGCCACUCAGCGUAUCUCUGGCAGUAGUGUAAAAAGCUGAAUAUUUACCUCAUAAAAGUGAACCUUGAGAAAGCAGUGACAGCUGUGCAUCAGGAACUGAUUUUCUCUCUGACUGAACCAAAACUUUUUAGUAAAACAGGAGACUUUACGCUCAUGUGAAUGAAGCGUAGGGUUUUUUCAGACACUAGAAUUUAGGAGGAAUAUUUAUUAGAAAUUUUACAGAAAUUGUUUCUCAUUUAUCAUACGCUGUUGUAGCAUACUGUUGAGUAAUACUUGUAAUCACUGCAGUCACUUUAUUUUAAACUCUGACCAGCAAGACUUAACACUGAAGACUUAGAUUAUCUGUGAAGAUGCAGAAAGUUGGCAAAGUUUUGCUAAGCUUUUGCUCUUUCCUCCUCGCCAUGAAAAAGCGGAGACUUUCCCUGCACUGUAAUGCUCUUUUCGUACACAGGCAGUUGGGUUUGUGUGCAUCAAUUGAAAAAAAUGUGACUGAGAAAAUACCUGAAAUACGGUGUUAAUUUUACAGUUGAUUACUGUAAUGCUUCGGAAAUCACUACAAUAUUGGUUUUAAUCCUAACUAGCCUGGCUAUUAACUAUCAUAAUAGGUAGACUUUGGAAUGAUGAAUACCAGUGAAGUUAAUACUGGGUGAGGAUGAACGGAAGCAAUUCACACCUCUGCUGGAGCACUGUUAUUGCAUUUUGGCUGUGGUGCAGAAAGGAUAGCAGCACGGAGGGUUGCAGAAUGUGUGGUGCCUUUCACCUGCAAAAGAGUUAGAAAUACUGCUACUUUUAACUUUCUAUGAUACUUAAUUUAAAAUAUGGAGAGAGGGAGAAGAACAAAAAGAGAAAGAACUUACAUUUCCCAAUUGAGAAAAAGAUAUGAGUGUUUUCCACAAUAGAAAAAGCAGAGUAAGGGCACUAUUUUUAUCCUUUGCAUCUCCCACAGACUGUUCUCUUUGUUGUGUCUGUGUAAAGGUUUCACUACAAUUGUGCACUCACAUGAAUUUUUUGAGCAAAACAGGCCUCCCAUCUGAAACUCUCUGCUCACUCACAUUAUGCUAAAUAUAUUUUUUUUAUCUUGUGUACCGAUUUUUUGUUCCCUGAGCUUCCAGAUUUAUAAAUUUCAGUGGUUCUGCUUUCCUGCCUGUCAUUAGCAUUUUCCAUCUUUCUUUUCUGAAGACUUAACAGGAAUGGAUGAAGGGGACUGCAAAAUUUCUGAACUCACUUGGAAAGGUUGCCUUUCCCCAAUUCAACAAGAACAACAAUGUAAGAGAUGAAAAUUAAUUUGUUGCCUUUGAUUUGAUUUCUGUUUUUCUCCAAUUUCCAUUCCUUGCCCAUUUGAAGGCUGAUCAAAUUUCAGAUGGACUUUGGUAAGCUGGGUGUGUGGAGUGUCUUUUGUAAACAGCAAUGUAGGAGCUACUACUGCAAAACAAAAGCACUCUAAACCUGUCUUUGUAUUGUGGCAAAAUGCUCAUGUUUUAUUCCCGUGCUUCGAAGCAGUUUGUAUCUUAAUGUAUUGAUUUUCAUGGCAGUAAGUUUGUUUGAAAUUCUCUCUUUUGUCCCUGUGUAGUGAAAAUUGAGACACUGUGAAACUCCUAUCCUCUCUCUGUCCCUCCUUUCACCUUCCCUUUCACUUCAGUUUUGCCUCAACAUCAGUUAGGUGGCACCGAGCAGGAAUGGGCCGUUAGCUGAACAGGCUGAGCCAUCCUUACGGGGAGGGUGGCCUGGGCGAGAGGGUGUGGGUCAGGGUGAGUGUCACGGGAUCCAUGCCCUGCAGGCCUGGUCUUCCCUACGUGCCUACCACUGCUCACCACUGAAGGUCAGUGCUACACCUAGGCAGACCUUUCUGGUGUGCCCAUUUUUUUGUUCUUGUAAGAAUUUGCCUUUUUGAAACGUGGAGGCGUUUUAGCUUUGCAACAGGGCAAGACUGUGGUUUGGAGUUCCUAAAUCACUUGUGUUGUGUAGUAUACUCAAGGUGCCAUAGUUCCUACUCUUGCAACCCUCAUAAUGAGGGUGAAAACACGAUGGUGCAAUGGCAUCUUUCUGAUUAAGCUGCUAGGGUAAAUGUUAAAUCCCUGAGCAGCUCGUAAGCAUGUUGUUUGCAUGAGAGAGAAUAUGGGCUUGUACUUUAUCAGUGUAUUUCUCAGGCCGUGCAAAGUAUCGUUUUGGUGUGGAUCUGGAAGUCAGUGCUCCCCCAGCUGUAGUCCCUGGGGGCUGUGAGGAUACAGUGGGGGUGUCAGGCCACGCUUGCCUGUUUGGAGGCUCCAUAGGCAUAGGGUUAUGGACCUGUGUGGGUGUUUUGCCUGACCCAAUAUGGCCAGUCUCAUUGCAGCUAAAUUCCUGAAAUAAAUUCUGAGGAUUAUUUGUGAAGAAAAUUAAACACUUUCAUUAGCAUGAGCUGAUGCGCAGUCAGCGUUAUACAUGGUAGGGGAGGACAGAAGUAUGUCUGUGCUGGAUAAGAGUGAUGUCCCUGUUACUGCAGAGGUGUCCCUCGCUGGCAGGCCAGCUCCUGAGCCAAAAGGAGGUUUGAAAUUCAGAGUGCUGCCAGUUCAGCAGCCUGGGGUCUGCAUGUGGCUCACACUGAUAUUUCUGUUAAAAAAUAGAGACAUACUUACCAAUGGAUCACUACAAAUACAUGAAGAUUAACCAAGUUGUUUCCAAAUGUCCCUACUUAAGGAGAUGAAAAUUAACAUAGUUCUAUAGUGGGCAUCCUAAUGUGCUCUGUAAUUGCAGAUUGAAAUUCACAUCAGUCCAGGAGCUAAAGGAACAUUGUUAUAGAACUCUUUUCCCAAUUAGAUUUAAUUUAACACUUUACAUGAAACUGUUGUUUUACAGUUGACCUUCAUGUUGAAAAUGUUGAACAUUAGUUGUAGUUGCUCCUCAUACUGAAAAACCUUUGGACAUGUUUACUGCUACUUCUUAAUGACUGCCGGUGGGAGAGAAUUUUCAGUAUUACUUAAGUGCUGCCUAAUUUUUACAGCUUGUGAUGGUGUGUUUUGUUUUUGUGUUUCAGUAGUGAUCAUCCAAUCAUGCCUCGUGUGAAAUUAGAAUUCUUAAAAAAAAUUAUCUGUAUGUAAAAAUUGCCUCGGUCAUGUCAAACCUGUAUGUUGUAUAAGAGAUUUCCUAUUUUGAGUUCUCCUUCCCUCAGCUUCCUUGCAGAACAGCCAGGGCAUGUUCCAAAAAAACCCAGAAAAUAAAGAAGAGUACUUGUGUAACUCA